GUACACUUCCACUUGUGUUGUGUUAAGUUAAUCUCCCAAGAUAAUGGUGGUGUGAUGGCAAUGUCAUGCACGGUGUCCAUCCAGAGACUCACAUUGACACAGGGAAACCACGCUGCCCCGGUCCGGCAACAGGAACGCGCCGACGUGUCCCGCGCCCCGACCGUACUAACGCCAUCUGCGUUGCCGCGCCCCGGACCCCCUCUUCUCACCACUCGGUUGAUCCACUCGAGUACUCGACACGGGGACACGCCACUCCACUCGACGCGCGCGCUUCGCUCGCCCGUCCGGCCGGCGGUUCAUUGCUCGGUGACCUCUCGCGCGCGCGGACGCGAUGGCCGGCGCCGGCGCCGGCGACAUUGGCGAAGCAGAGGCGGCGGCGACGAAGGGCAAGAGGACGAUCCACGAUUACCUUGGCGAAGGCGAGGACGGCGAGGCGGCCUCGCAGCCUUCCCCGGAGACGCCGCCGCGGCUGCGGCUCCCGCGGUUCACCUGCGCCAGCAUCCGGUUUGGUGGGCUCGGCAGGAGGAAGCGCAGCGGCGGCCGCGGCCGGAAGGAGACCGCGGCGGCGGCCGAGAAGAGCGAGGAGGGCGCGUCGUCGGCGGACUCCUCGUCGGGCGCGGCGGAGCGGAGCGCCGGCAGCGUGGCGGCGGCGGCGCAGACCGGCAUGGGGCUGAGCAUGCUCCUCCUCCUCGCCAGGACAUGCGUCGAGCUCAAUCGGAUGGCCGAGGUGCGCGCGCAGAUGGAGGCGCUCCUGAAGGAGAUCAGAGACGAGGCCGGCAGGGUGAAGGGCGCCGCCGCGGAUCACGCCGCUGUCAUGCCGAAGACCUGCAACAACAACCUGCAGUCGUCGUCGACGACCACCGCGUCGUCGAGCUGCGUCUCCGACACGAGCACCAACUGCCUGGAGAUCGGGCGAGGCGAGGACGGGAAGAGGACGUCGGAAGAAGUUGAUAGGUGCGCCGGAACGGACGCGCUGGGAGCAGAGCUCGAGGCGGAGCCCGUGCAGCGUCAACCACCAUCAUUAGAGUGGAAGUGCGACACCGUGCAAGAAACUCCUGAGUGUUCGAUGCAGUCGCCGUCGGACGACGACGACGGUUUCAUAGAGCUGGAAGGAGGGCGCUUCGGCGGCGGCGGCGGCGGCGGGGGAAAUCCUGACGACAGCGACAACGGAUCGUCAUCAUCUCGCGAGCGGGACGAGGGAGGGGUGUCGGCGAUCGAGCUGGAGCGGAGGCUGCACGAGCUCCGGCACCGGCGGGACAGGGAGCGCAUCGCGGCGCUGGAGUCGGCGCUGCGGCGCGCGGAGCGGAGGCUGACCGAGAAGGAGAUGGAGGCGCGGCUGUGGCAGGACACGGCCGCGCUGGCGCUGGGGCGGCCGGCGGCGCCGCGGCACGACGGACAGGGACAGUGACCUCGCGCUUGCUCGCGUUGCAGCGCGCCGUACUGGGCUGCUGUACUGUACAGCUUGCGUUCGCACGAUGCCCGGCGUUUGCAUUAGUCCGUAGGUUAACAUGUACAAUGUACAAGUUCCUCUUA